AUAUCUCCUUUCCGUUUGUAAAUGUUGCUCAGGAGUAAUCUAUGCUAGAUUUUGGCCCGAUGACGUAUUCCAACAAAGGUUAAGAAAUAAUGGGACAAAGGUGAGGCGUUUUGACUUUAAAAGAGGCCCGAAGUCUGGAAUAAGUCUUCCCCGCGCACGUUGAAGCUUGUCCAGAUAGCUUAGCCGCAAACAAAGAGACACGUUUGUUAGCGAGACGUCGAUAAGCAGGGAUCAAGUGUGAGUGUACAUUUGUGUGAUUAUCGUGUGACAAUGUGUGCAAAAAGUAUGAAAGAAGAGCACGUGGGGGAACUUUCUGCGACAAAAGAGGAGAACGAGUGGCAACGUCAAGUACUGGAGGAUAGUAUCAGGAUGUGUCAAGAUGUGUUGCAAAGAGCAGAUGUUAGUGAAGAUCUUCACCCUGACCAGCAGGACCCAGACUCCCCUCAAAUUAAAGAGGAAGAGGAGGAGUAUGACAUCACCAAGUUGCCAUUGACUAUUGUUGUUUUGAAGAGUGAAGAUAAUGAGGACAAAGGUCAAUGUGAGAAGAACAGAGGGGCGGAGCCUCCAAGCAGCAGUUCAAGUCAACAUGUGACAACAGAAGGUGAUGGAGACCACUGUGGAGGAUCACCAGCAGACAGCCUCUUAGCGCCACUAUCAGAAAGCGACGACAUAACGUCACACUCUACUGACACUGAUGAAGAUGAACACUCUAAAGGUGACACGACACAAAACAAACACUGGAAAUGUUCUCACUGUGACAAAACCUUUGGUGGCAAGACUGAUCGGAGAAGACACAUGAUGAUCCACACUGGAGAAAAACCUUUCAGCUGCUCAGAUUGCGGUAAAAGAUUCUCACAAAGAGGACAUUUGAACUCGCAUAAAAGAACACACACUGGAGAGAAACCUUUUGCAUGCUCAGUCUGUGGUAAAAGAUUCACUCAAAAGGGACAUGUUGUAAAACACACAAGACUGCACACUGGGGAGAAACCUUUUGCCUGCUUAGUCUGUGGUAAAGGUUUCUCUGUAAAUGGAAGUUUAAUAAGGCACAGAAGAAUACACACUGGAAAGAAACCUUGCAUUGGUUCAAUCUGCAAUUUUAGUUUGGGAUUGGAAGACCUUGGUCCUGAGCAGCAGGCAUGUAGCUCCAGGGUAGAGCAGCAGGAUCUAGACUUCCCCUUCAUUAAAGAGGAAGAGGAGCCAGAGCACACCUAUGUGGGACAGGAGAAGGGGGAUAUAACCUGGUUGCCAUUGACCUUUGUCCCUUUGAAGAGUGAGGAUGAAGACAGAGGUCAAAGUAAGGACAACAUAGAGGCUGAGCCUCUAAGCAGUAGUUCAAGUCAACAUGUGACAACAGAAGGUGAUGGCGACCACAACGGAGGAACACAAGCAGAAAGCCUCUUAGCUCCACUGUCAGAUAGUGACGACAUAACGGGGCACUCUCCUGACACUGAUGAUGAUGAUGAACCUUCUAAAGGUGUUAUGACAUGUCACACUGACAACAAACGCUGGAAAUGUCAGUGUGGGAAAACUUUGAGUUCAAAGUCGAGGUUGAAAGUCCACAAAAGAACACAUACUGGAGAAAAGCCUUUUGCCUGCUCAGUUUGUGGUAAAAGAUUCUCUGAAAAGGGUAACUUAAGAACACACACGAUAACACACACUGGAGAAAAGCCUUUUGCCUGUUCAGUUUGCAGUAAAAGAUUCACUUUGAAGACAGAUUUAAUUAGGCACGAAAGAACACACACCGGAGAGAAACCGUUUGCCUGCUUAUAUUGUGGCAAAAGAUUUGCUCAAAAAGAACAAGUGGCAAGACACACAAGAACACACACUGGAGAGAAACCGUUUGCCUGCACAGUUUGUGGUAAAUGUUUCACUCUGAAGACAGGUUUGAUAAGGCACACAAGAAUACACACUGGGGAGAAACCCUUUGUAUGUUCAAUUUGCAACAAAAGAUUCACUAUGAAGAUAGAUUUAAUAAGGCACAUAAAAAUACACACUGGAGAGAAGCCUUUUGCCUGCUCAGUUUGUGCUAAAAGAUUCACUCAGAAGGGACAUUUAGAAACGCACACAAAAACACACACGAGGGAGAAGCCUUUUGCCUGCUCAGUCUGCAACUUAACUUUCAUUGAUCAUACUGGAUUGGUUAUUCACACAAAAUUACACUCUGGCAAGUAACCAUGAGACACAAGUUUGCUUGUGGGAAAAGUAGCUGUAAAUUAAAUUUUAAAUAAAUUGCUAAGAAACUUUGUCUGUUGUGGUAAGCAGUAAAAUUGUAUCCCAUGUUAUCAGGAAUAAAAUGCAAAUAUG